AUGAACUUGUCAACUUGUUCAAAACGAUCCAAAUGGAUAUCUAGUGCAUACACAAUGCCGGAGCUCAAUAUAUCCAUAGAGCUCUACAAGGAUACUAGUAGAGCUCUACAUUUAAAGAGUAUUAUUUAUGUGAAUGAAGUCCGCAAAGGAGGAAUAUCUCACUGGUUACAUGUGGUUCCAACCUAUAUCAAAAAAAAUUUUGGGAAAGUAUUUCAAAUCUCGGAAUUCGAAUGGAAAUUUUAUCACGAUCCAUCUGUGAACUUAACUGAAAUUCUGGCCACCAGGCUUUCAGGAUUCUACGGUUGGAAUUCACUGAGAUUUGUUAUAUUCAGAAAAGAUAUCGAACAAUCCGACUUGGAAAAAUUCCCAGUUUUGUUAUCUUGUGUCGAAGGAAUUAUAAUUCGAAAGAAACGGGUAAAAAGGGAGGAUUUGGAUACACUUUUCAUGAAUCGUCGUAACAUUCAAUCGUUUAAUAUUGAAGGCCGGUACCCAGUAGGAUACGAUAAUUAUGGGAUAUGGUGUGCUAGGAUAAUGGUAUUAUUACAUGCUCCACAAAACAUUGAAGAUAUUUUGAGAAUGGAUUGCGAAAAAAUUGGUUGUGCAGUUACAAGGUAUAAAAAUUCAGAUGUGAAUCGAUUUCUGAAACGUUGGCUUCAAUCAACUAACGGCGAAAACCACAAAUACUUGAAACGAGAGAUUCGACUAUGUAACGUUGAAAAUGAUUCGAAUAUGUUGGAGGAUCUUCCAGUUACUCCGUGGAAUCCGAAACAAAGAGGUCAAUUCUAUUAUUGUCAAAAUUCUCAUUUUAACCCUGCCAUUGAUUGCUCGAAGGGUUUUGAUCUCCUGAGAGAAGAUGGAGUUCUAGCAACUGUCAUGCCUGGUGAAGGCGAAUUCAUCUUUAAUAUUUGGAACGAAAGGUUCCCAGAUAUUCCAAAGGAUGAUUUUCCUUCGAAUUCUGUAUUUUAUUAA